UCUAUGAAAGAGCGCUCCGGGUCCCACGGCCCUAAGAAGCGCCGCGGCCCCAAAAAGCGCCGCGGUCCCGAAAGCGGCCCCGAAACGCGGCGUUGUGGUUAUGAGCGCUCCGUAGCCGCCCUCACGCCGUCCCCGUCGCGGUGUCAUGCUGGUGGCCGGUUCGCAAUGCUGCCCUCCGGGGCUGGAGGAGCGUUUGGGAUGCGGGGCUCUGCGGGGCGAGGAGGACAGAGGGAUCCCGGUGCCCCCACAGCUGGGGAGGGGGCCCAGUGCCUUCAUCCCUGCAGAGGAGAUCCUGCAGGAGGGCAUUGAGAGCAGUCGGCGGCAGCUGCUGAUCGAAGCCUUCGUCUCUGCCGGCCGCGUGGACAACAUCACGAUGGUGAUGGGGCUGCACCCCCAGUACCUGAGCAGCUUCUGGAAGACUCAGUACCUCCUGCUGCGCAUGGACGGACCCCUCCCCUACCACAAACGUCACUACAUCGCCAUCAUGGCAGCAGCCCGGCACCAGUGCACCUACCUGGUGGGGCUGCACAUGGGGGAGUUCCUGCAGGCGGGGGGCAACCCGGCGUGGCUGCAGGGGCUGCACUGCGCCCCCCAGAAGCUCAGGAACCUGAACGAGAUCAACAAGCUGCUGGCACAUCGACCCUGGCUCAUCACCAAGGAGCACAUUGAGGCGCUGCUGAAGACAGGGGAGCACAGCUGGUCGCUGGCAGAGCUGGUGCAGGCGCUGGUGCUGCUCACCCAUUACCACUCUCUUGCCUCCUUCGUCUUCGGCUGCGGCAUCAACCCCGAGGCAGGGCAGGAUGGGGGGCACGGCUGCAGACCCCCCUCACCCCACAGCGACAGCAGCCCCACAGCUGAGGACAGCACGGGGUGCUCGGGGGGCAGGGAUGCCGUGCGUGAGGUGGAGGCGCUGAUGGAGAGGAUGCAGCUGCUGCGGGACAGCCAGAGGGAGGAGGAGGGCGUCACGCAGGAGGAGAUGGCGACGCGCUUCGAGAUGGAGAAGACGGAGAGUUUGCUGGUGGCUCCGUCGGAUGUCACGGAGCAUGCCCUGCAGUCUGGUGUGCUGUGCUUCGUGGAGGACCCCGAGUUUGGCUACAAGGAUUUCACACGGCGCGGCGAGCAGGCGCCCCCCACCUUCCGUGCUCAGGAUUACACCUGGGAGGACCACGGCUUCUCCCUCAUCAACCGGCUGUACCCCGACGUGGGGCAGCUGCUGGACGAGAAGUUCCAGGUCGUUUACAACCUGACCUACAACACCAUCGCCAUGCACUGCGGCGUCGACACCUCCAUGCUGCGCCGCGCCAUCUGGAAUUACGUGCACUGCGUCUUCGGCAUCCGCUAUGAUGACUAUGACUAUGGAGAGGUGAACCAGCUGCUGGAGCGCAGCCUGAAGGUGUACAUCAAAACAGUGGCUUGCUACCCUGAAAAGACCACCAAGAGGAUGUAUGCACAGUUCUGGAGGCACUUCAAGCACUCAGAAAAGGUCCACGUCAACCUGCUGUUGCUGGAGGCCCGGCUGCAGGCUGCCCUGCUGUAUGCCCUGCGUGCUGUCACACGCUACAUGACCUGACAGCUCCCCAAUCCCCCCCCAGUCCUCCUCCUUCUGCUUGGGGGGGGGGGGCUGGGACCUGGGGGGAGCUGACACUGUGAGGACUGUGUUGGGAUGUUGCCUCCUGCCUUAUGGAUGUAGAGAUAAGGGGGGGAAUGGGGUAUUUGUGCCCCUUAUGCUGGGAUAGGGGGGGUCUCUGAGUGGGUCCCCCCACCCCCCCAUGUCCUAGUGGGGUGGGUGGAAGUGGGGCUGCUGUGUGCCUUGUUUGGGGGGAGCCCCGUGGAGCUGAGCCCCUUUUCCUGGAGUGACAUGAGCAAUGAUGCUGCUGUGCCCCCCUCCCGGCCCCAUCCUGACCCUCAGGUACGUCCCCCUGCACGUGGACUGGAGGGGGCUGAAGGCACAGAGGUGUCGUGUUGGUGUCCCCCCCUCAUCCCAGGGUUCAGCCUGAGCCCCCUGCAAUUGGGGACUGGAAGUGCCUUGAACCUGGGCCCUGGGCAGGGGUUGGGGUGGGGGCUGCAGCACCUGCAGUGCCUUUUUUCACCCCCUGCCUGCUCUGUGCCACUGCAAUGGGGAACUGGGGGGGUGUCUGUGUUGCAUCCGCACAUCCUGUGCCAUCUCUCCCUGCCUGCUGUUGAGGUGAGGCUUCGCUCCCUCCUUCUGCAUCUCCAUACCCCCAUUGCCCACCUCGUAGCAGUUGGGGCCCAUUGGGUGCCCCCUCCCCCCAGCCCCAGUGCAAAACUCCCCCCAUGCCAUGCAUGGUGCUCCUGACUCUGCUGCAGCGCUGCUCCCUCAGCUCUGCUCUCCUGCCUGUAUUGAGGACAAGGGGGGUUGCUGCCCCCCCCCCCCCCCCCCCC